AUGUCAUCGUCAACACCAUUUCGGAUCAUCAUUGUGGGCGGUGGCAUCGCAGGACUGGCAGCAGCUAUAGCCCUUCGGAAGAACAACCGACAGAUUACGAUCCUCGAACAAUCUCGUCUCAGCGCAGAGAUCGGCGCUACGAUCUCACUACAACCCAACGCCACAAGGAUUCUAGAACAGUCGUUGGGGUUGACAGAUCUGCUCAACGGCUCGAACGGCACGGUCGACCACGGAUUCAGGAUCUACAAUGCUGACGGCAAGAUGGUGAAUGAAAUACCUCUACGGAGCAAGACGCAGUAUGGCGCAGACCGCAUCAUGUGGCACCGCGAAGAUCUCCACGCCUAUCUCAAGAAGGCAGCUACAUCCAUCGAACGGGAUGGCCAGCCUGCAAUACUGCGUACUUCGGCACGAGUAUCUCGGUGUGACUGUGAAGAAGGCAAGGUCAUACUUGAGAAUGGUGAGCAUUUGGAAGCAGACCUUGUCAUUGGCGCGGACGGCAUUCACAGUGCUCUACGUACUUCUAUACUCGGUCAAGAGGCCCGUCCCAAACCCACAGGUUCCUCGGCAUACCGGCUUAUGCUGCCAACUGCGAUUCUGAAUGAGCGCGCGCCACAAUUCUACGCAAACAUCAACCCAGAGGAGCCCUAUACUUCUAUGAUCAUGGCACACUCCUGUCGACUCAUCAUGGGUCCUGCACGCGGCGGAUCACUUUACAGUAUCGUUGGACUGGUACCGGACGAGCAGAUGAACGAGAAUUCCGACAGAGCGCAGUCGUGGGUGACGAGAGGACACCCUGAAAAGAUGUUGGAAACAUUCAAGGAUUUCCCCAGCUGGACCAAAGAUGCACUCCGGAAUGCCGAAAGCAUAGGUCUCUGGCAGCUGCGCGAUUUGGAUCCGCUAGGUAAAUGGCACUCUGGACGCGCGAUUAUCAUUGGGGAUGCCGCGCACGCUAUGCUACCGACCCAAGGCCAAGGUGCAAGCCAAACCAUUGAGGACGCCGAAGCUUUAGGGACGCUCUUCAGUCACAUCAUUGACAGGCCAUCCAAGGAUGAAGUGUCUUCGAUCCUAGAAGACGUCUUCAAAAACAGACACGAACGUGCAAGCUUGAUACAGCGAUUCAGCCGGGAAGCCGCGAAGCCUGCAACGGAACGAGGCAGCAAUGUGAUCAAAAUGCACCCUGAUGAAUUCAUGGAUUACAACUGCACCUAUCGGGGAGUGCAUGAUUGGGAGCAAAGGCGUUCUAUGUCAGCAAUAACGUGUCAAGUCUGCCACCGAUCAUACGAACGUGCCGACCACUUGAACCGACAUCUAGACUCACCAUCUGUUGAAGAGCAGAACAACCCAUACCAAUUUGACGAUGACAUACAACUGAACGAUGUCUACCUCGACGAGACCAAUACUGAAGCGCAAGCUCUACUUGAUCUGUACAAUACCACUGGUUAUACCCAGCAUACCAUCCCGGCCUUUUUCGAACAAAUCAUGGUUCCCGCACCCGACUUUUUGGGUAGUGACUACAUGCAACCGCCUCCAGAUCUUACGGCAUGGAUGCCAGAGACUGACUGGCUUGGUCAGGUUGACAUAUUUGGCAAUGACUUCACUCCAACUGUCAGCCAGAUGCUAGAAGCGCAGACAUCGCAGGCUACUGCCUUGCCUUCUGCAACGCCGCCUUUUAAUACAGAUGUUUCUCACGAGAAGAUUGAUAGCAACUCCGCGAAGAGGCGCCAUGCGGUCUUCAAACAGUCUGCCUGGUUCUGGAUCCCCGAGCGUAACCAGCACGCUUUCAGCGAGCACGAAAACAUCGCUCUGGACGAGCGCAACGUAGAUCUUGCCUCGUCACCACACAUGCCAUAUUCUUCCAACGUUGUGAUCCCAGAUAAGCUUUCGCCGGCAGCCCGUGACCGCAUCUUCCAAUUGGUGUCGAAGACUGCACAGAGCCAUAUCACCAUUCCUUCUUUCCCUUCGGCAGAGUGCGUCGACAAGCUGAUCAAGGUUGGGAUUGCAAAACGAACUGAGACUGAUGCAUGGAUCCAUCCGUAUACCUUCGAAAGCGAGACUGCCCGGCCAGAAUAUCUCACUGCCUUGGUGGCAGCUGGGUGCGUAUGUUUUGGCGUCCUCUCGGUGAGCAGAACAGGCUUGGCGCUACAGGAGAUAGUCCGAGUCGCGUUGAACAGGCUGUCCGAGAAUGAUAACAGUGUGAUACGCGACCUUGAAUAUCUCCAAGCUUCGAUGCUUUGGCUUGAUAUCGGGGCAUUCUGUGGGUACAGGAGGAAGAUGGAAAUCGCGGAGAGUAGCUUGCAAUCUCUUGUCACGGCACUACGGCGCGCCGGUAGAUUCGAUUACAUCCGGUAUCCUGCAGUUACACCGUCUGCAGAGGAUGGCGACGAGGAACUACAUGCAAAGUGGAAGCAGUGGGUGGAGCAAGAAUCUUACAAGAGGUUGGUGUAUCACUUGUUCGAGCACGAUAUCCACAUGACUAUGGCCAAACAUCGCCCGCCACUUAUCAGCUACGCUGAACUUACGCUCAUGUUGCCUGCCUCGAAGACCCUGUGGUUGGCACCUUCAGCAGAGACAUGGCGAAUGCGCUAUCUUGAUAUGGACGUCGUCGCCAGCGCUCCCUCACUGCAAACACUUCUGAAAGACGAAGCUGCCAUACACUGUCUUCCUGCCACCAUCGACAUGCAAGUCGCUCACUCAUCUUAUCUGCAUGGCAUUGCUGCCCAAAUCUGGGAGUAUACACAGCAAUCUGCGCUGAUGAACGAGAGCAGCGACGCCGCUUCACAGCUCUGGGCUCGAUCUCGUCAGGAAAAACUAUACCAAUACCUUCAACGCGAAGAUCUUGUACCUAGCAAACAUCCAGCCGUGACCUGUCUGUUCCACCAAUUCUUGCAGAUGUACCUCCACGUCAACCUCGAUCUAAUCACGCGCUUCGCCGGCAAAUGCGGUGAGAGCGCUGCCAACAGCGCGUACACUCACCUCUCACCCUGGAGCCAAACCAAAGAAGCCAGAGUCGCAAUCUGGCAUGCUGGACAGGUAGUCCGAGCUGCGCGGCAAAUCCCGCCAUACCAGAUCCGCGGCCCAGAUUCCUUCAUGUUGUACCAUGCCAUUAUGGUCCUCUGGACAUACAGCAUGAUGACGCGCGACCUAGCGAAGAAGACCGGUACUACGACGCCGAUGCGCACACGGCCAAGUUCGCUUCCGGGCAAAGUUAUCUACCUCGAUGAUGCCGCCUCUGAUAACCAGGCUGGCGUUAAUGCCUUCAUUGCUACGAACAGCGGUAUACCGUGCCUUCGCAUCAUCUCUACGCACCAACCAGUGGCAUCGGUGUCUGGAGCGAUUGCUCGGCCCGAAAUCUGCAACCUCAAGUAUCCUUCGCAGGUUAUGAAGGUGGGCGUUAUGCUUCUUGAAUCCACACAUCCCGAUGUGGAUCGCGAAACUGGGCCGCCUCUUGUAAGGGCGCUUUGUGGAUUGAUGGAAGAACUUGGAGGUCUUCGAUGA